AUGUCUGCCAGGCCCACGUCGUCGACUGGGGAAUCGUACCCUGCUGUCCUUGGGUACCACAUUGUCCAGCUGCUUGGUGGCGGUGGAUUUUCGCGCGUAUUCCGUGCGGUGAAUCCCCAGUCGAGCCAACACCCACAAGCGGCGGUCAAAGUGGUGUCGUAUGCACCGACGACCCACCGCCAGCCCAUCGAUCGGCGCGCACUGCAAAAGGAAGUGCAGAUCCACAGCAUCUUGAAGCAUGAAAACGUGCUUGCGUUUUUGGGCUCCGUAGAGUACCCGCUUGACUCGACGGCGCCGAGCAACUACGUGCGCGGCCUCUAUAUUCUGCUCGAGCUCGGCGCGGGCGGCGACUUGUUUGACAAGAUCGGUGCGUGUGCGCAACAACUGACCCUAGCACCGGAUGUGGGUGUCGAAGAGGAUUUGGCGCACUUUUACUUUACGCAGCUCAUUGCAGGCCUCGUCUAUAUCCACGGGCAAGGGAUCACACACCGCGAUAUCAAGCCCGAGAAUAUGCUCCUGGACGCACAGGGAAAUUUAAAAAUCGCCGACUUUGGCCUGUGCAGCGUGUACAGAUACAAAGGCAAGGAGCGCACACUGCACGGGACGUGCGGAAGCCUUCCCUACAUUGCGCCGGAGAUGAACGGGACGCCGUACCAUGGCGAGCCUGUCGACGUCUGGAGCUCCGGCGUUGUCCUCUUUGCGCUGCUCGUGGGCAACACGCCGUGGGACGAGCCGACAAAACGCAGUCCCGAGUACGUAGCGUACCUUUCUGGCGAGCUGCUGCGCAUGGCGCCCUGGACGGCUAUUGGCGGCGACGCACUCUCUUUGCUGCGCCGCAUGAUGCACCCUGAUCCACGGCGCCGCUCCACGCUUGAGCAGAUCCAGCGGCACCGCUGGUUCACGCGCGAGAACUCGCUGCUUACCUUGGGCAAGUGCAACGAUCCUGUAAGCCUCGCCGAACGCCUCCUCCAAGGGCUUAUUGUCUCGGGCGACAUGCAGCUUGCACUGCACAGCGACGGAAAACGCGCAUCCAUCCCAGACAAUCUCUCGCUCACACAGCCCGAGGCGCUCCAGCCCCGCAUGGGCGUGGGGUACCAAGGUAUCCCCUCCUCGACGGCGCAGCCCGCGCUGGCGCGCCGGCCUCUUUUCUCGCAGCUCCCGCCGCGCUCCAAGGCCGUCGGCGCCACGCAAACCGAGGGGCUAAACGAGUUUACGCAGGCGCUUGGGUACCUUACACAGGCAUCCACGGCUGCACCCAUGGCCGUGCAACUCACGCGCUUCUACAGCGUCCAAGAGCCCGGCAAGGUCGCCAAUGCCGUGGCCGCGGCACUCCAGGCUGAAAAUGCACAGUUCACCUUUGAACCGAUCGGCGGCGAAGAGGCGGAGCUCCAAGAGGCAUACCACGGCAUGACACAAAACGACGCCCAGCCGCCUAGCCACGACGCCAAAGCGCUGAGCGCGCGCGGCGUCCGGAUUCGGCUGGGCCUCGUCGACCGGCGCAAGUGUGCGCUCAAAGGCGAGGUGCGCAUCGAGCGCAUUGCAGAGCUCCCGCCCGAGCUGCACCACGUUCCCCACUCGGCCACACACACACACAGUUUUGUGCUCAUGCGGCGGAGCAAAGGCAAUCCGCUGGAAUGGCGCCGCCUCUUUCGCAGCCUGUGCGCCAAUGCCAACGUGCACGACUUGAUUGCACGACUACAUAGCUAG